AUGCAAAAGACUUAUGAAGAAGCUCUUGAAUUGGUGGAAAAAUUAGCCGUGAUUAGUAGUACUUGGGGUCCUAUGGAGAGAAGAGCGCCACUCACUCAAAAGUCACUCAUGACUCUUGAUCAAGUGAGGGAGAUGGAGUCCAUAAAAGCCGCAAAUGCUUCGCUCCAAGCUCAAGUGGAUGCUCUCAAGAAACAAGUCGUUCAUAUGCAAAGAAACGCUCCGGUGGCUUAUGUUCAAGUCGGUUGUGAAUUUUGUGGUGACUUUGGCCAUUCGGGAGGAGAGUGCCUAAUUACGGGUCAAGCCUUGAGUGAGCAAGGGCAAGGCAAUGCUCAAGGGUCUAAUCAAGCGGGUCCAAGCUUCCAAGGUGGAAAUAGACCUCCCCAACAACAAGGAAAGUACCAUCACAAUCAAGGUCAUGGCAACAAUUCGGGUGCUAGACCUCAACAUCCCCCCGGUUUUCAACCUCAAAGAAAUAUGGAUGAAGGGAAUAUGCUUGCCAAGUUGAUGGAGGAGCUUAGAGAGAUGAAGCAACUUCAAAAGAACCAAGCCGCCACUAAUCAAAUGCUUGAAACUCAAAUCUCACAACUUGCUAUCAAUCUUCAAGGUAGACCACAAGGGGGAUUGCCCUCUACUACGGAGAACAACCCAAGGGAGCACCUAAAAGCGAUAGAGCUUCGGAAUGGGAGGAACUUGGAAAAGGCCAAUGGCAAGAAACAAGUUGUUGAUGAGGAUGAGCCUCAAGUUGUUGUUGAUGUAGCAAGCUCAAGUCAAGAGUUACCAAGAGAUUGUGAGGAAGUGGUUAUUGAGGUUGAAGAGCCUUAUGUGAGGCCACCGCUGCCGCCACCCUUGGCGGAUGCACUCCGAGAGAUGCCACAAUAUGCCAAGUUCUUGAAGGAUAUCAUUACCAACAAACGGAGUUGGGAGAGUAGCGCAACAAUUCCCAUUCCGGAAGUGUGUAGCUCAAUCAUCUUAAAUGAUCUACCGGCUAAGUUGAAGAAUCCAGGGAGUUUUUCUAUACCCUGCACUAUAGGAAAUAUGAGUUCAAUAAAUUGUCUAUGUGAUCUUGGUGCUAGUAUUAAUCUUAUGCCUUUAACUCUUUUUAGGACACUAUGUGGAGACCAAACCGUGAAAAGCACCUCGAUGGUACUCCAAAUAGCGGAUCAUUCGUUGAAAAGGUCGUUUGGGAUUAUUGAGGAUGUGCUUGUCAAAGUAGAUAAGUUCAUCUUUCCGGUUGAUUGGACUAUGCGGUUGAUAAGGAGUGCCCAGUGA